GAAGCCCGUUCUAAAACAAUCCAGCCCAUUUAAGCGGCACUGGUUUACGCUUUAAAGCGUGAUGAGAUUUGACUCGAUCAAAUGCGAAGCAAUACGCCAUAGCCUACCCUCUCCCGUCGCUUCCUUCGGAGAAGCCCUGCGCCAUAGGCAUCCCCUCUCCUUCCUCUCCAUUUCGAAUAUAUGCUGAGCCUCUAUAAACUCAAAUAGCUCUCUCUCUCUCUCUCUCUCUCUCUCCGACGACGACGACGACGACGAUCGGAUCGAAGCCAAGCCACCCACAGGAGAGCUCUAUCGUUGUCGUAAUCUUAUAAGAUCCUCCGACGAAACCCUAAAAUCCCUAACCCUAGCCCUAGCCCUAGCCCUAGCCCGAUCUCCAACUCGAUCUCCCGGAGGUAGCGGUAGCGAAGGCGAAGGCGAUGGAGGUGAAGCUGUGGCACGACAAGCGGGAGCGGGAGCUCCUGGACAGCCUCGCCGAUCUCUACGCCAUCAUAAAGACGACGGAGAAGCUGGAGAAGGCGUACGUGCGGGACCUGGUGUCGUCCACGGAGUACGAGGCGGAGUGCCUGAAGCUGAUCGCCCAGUUCAAGACGCUGUCCUCGUCCCUCCGCGACGCCGUCCCCUCCGUCGACCGCUUCGCCGACGCCUACAAGAUGGACUGCCCCGCCGCCCUCAACCGCCUCCUCGUCUCCGGCGUCCCCGCCACCGUCGAACACCGCGCCUCCGCCUCCUCCGCCUCCGCCUCCGCCGCCGCCUCCUCCGCCUCCGCCAUCGCCCAGUGCGUCCAGCACUUCAUCACCGCCAUGGACGCCGUCAAGCUCAACAUGGUCGCCGUCGACCAGGUCCACCCCCUCCUCUCCGACCUCUCCGCCUCCUUCGCCAAGCUCGGCGCCAUCCUGCCCCCCGACUUCGAGGGCAAGGUCAAGGUCAGGGAGUGGCUCGCCAGGCUUGCCAAGAUGGGCGCCGCCGACGAGCUCACCGAACAGCAGUCCAGGCAGCUCCACUUCGAUCUCGACUCCUCCUACAACGCCUUCAUGGCCGCCCUGCCCAGCGCCGGAUCCUGAUCCCUCUCUUGCUAUUCUCCCGCGCCGGCGCCUGUCUUAGGUCCUUUCCUUUCCCCCCACCUCUCUUGUAUCAUCAUUAGUUAAUUCCGUCCGGUCUUUCGUCUUUGUUUCGGUGUUGUAAAUAAAAGACCUGCUGCUUUUGCUGCUAUUGAUCAGAUGUGACCUAAUAAUUUGCCGCACGCAAACUGCUCUUUAUGAUUUAUGAUGAUGCGCUCUGAUUUGUAGAUAAUAGAUUUGUGCUGUUUUAGCGGGUUUAGAAGGGUUGCUGGAAUGAUAGAUCCCGGAAUAAAAAGAAAAUAUAUUCGUUUUGUGUUAGUUAUCAGGUUAA